CCCGACGCAGACGUUCCCGCUCCCGGGAGUUUCAGUGGACAUGCACAACUCUACUGAAAGUGUGGUAGUGUUAUCGUCAGUUCAACUGUCAUCGACAGGUACAUAUAGAUGCGAAGUAUCAGGAGAAGCACCUUUUUUUGAGACUGUGACGGAUCAUCAGAAAAUGACAGUUGUCGCCCUUCCGGAGGAAGGUCCGAAGAUAUCAGGUGGACGUCCCCGCUAUCAAGUAGGCGAUACUGUUCGCGUGAAUUGCACAUCGGGCAAGUCGAAACCGGCCGCCCAGCUAAAUUGGAUGAUCAAUGGAGAACCAGCCGACCCCAAGUUUCUCAAAGGGCCCGAGACUGUCACGUUAGGUCGCGAAGGUCUGGAAUCGUCAAUACUCGGAUUGGAGUUCGUGGUGAGGCAUAAGCACUUUAAACGAGGCAACAUGAAACUGAAAUGUUUAGCGACCAUCGCCACAUUGUACCUCGUUAGUAAUGAGGAGAGCGUUGAAGGCGAGAGGCCGCAGAAGGCGUCCGUUUUGGAAAGCCGGGGCACCGCGGCUCCUUCAGGAUCACGAGCGGAUAGGGUGCAAGCCGCUUCGAGUCAAGGAUCGUUUUUCCUGAACGCUUCGCUGUCGGCUCUUUGCUACGUUCUAUUGUACAUGUCUUCAAGAUAAUUAUUCUGCCAUUUUCACUCAGUGACGAUCAUAUAAUCGUUGACGACAAAUACAGGACGUCCCAACCAUCAACUUGUGCGGAGA